AUGACUGCCAACCUUCAGUCCCGCUCGGCGUCCAUCUCCACCACCGCGGACGAGUCGUCGCCACUCGUCAAACCCGGCUUUGGUGCUAAACCAUCCCUACGCUCCGCCAGCAUCGGCUCCAGUUUCUUCCACAAGGACUCCCCUGGCUUGUUUGCCAGUGCUAAUGACGCCAACACGUCGUCCAACUCCGUGGACGAUGAGCUGGCACGCGAAGAUCCGCCAGCAACCGUCAACUCGUCGUCCAACGCCGGCACAGACUCUACCAACGCCACCGAUUUGGACAUCGUGGGCGCUUUGGGCAACCUCGACUUGGACGGCGACUUCGGCGUGCCCAGCAAGGACAGCGAGCUUGGCGUGCCCCAGUUCCCGUUCUUGUACGGCGACUCGUCGUUCCAGCCCCAGUUCUACCCGUACCCACAUCCUCACCAGGGCUCGGUAACUCCCAACCCACUGGUGGGAAGCUUUGCUCCAUCAGCGUUUGGGCCUGCCAGCACUCCGUCGUCCACCUGGAACAGCUCUUUUGUGCCUUCGUCGGCUCCUCCCUUUGCAUACGGCUCUGGCGAGCCAGAAGCCCCGCUAGUCAGACCGUUCGAGUUGCCAGAUGACCACCACCACGCAUCAAAGGACCCUGCUGGGUCUGCUGACGCCACGGCCCUCCACUUGCCAUUUUCCACUCCUCCCCCUGCAUCGCAAGCCCACUCGUUUGGUGGCAUUUUGGACCACAAGUUCAGCGCUGACGGCACCUCUCCCGAGAGCGACCUCGACAGCUUUGCCGAGAACAAGAUCAGAACCUCGUUUUCAGGACCUUUUUCCGGCUCUGGCUUGAAUGGCGACGUCAAGCUCUCCCAGCCCCUUCCCCAAUACCACCACCAGGCGUCGCAACAGUCGUCGCACCAGGACGUUCCAUUCUCAGGCUUGAAAGACAACUUGUCGAUGCCUUUGGGCCCCAACAUGUGGAACCAACAUCCUCCCAUCAUGGCGGCCCAGAUGCACCCCUCCAACUUGAGAAACAACUUCGUCGAUAACAGAGGCAUGUCGCCAAUCCACGGACACCCCAUAAUGGGCUCCAGUUUCAACGGACAAGCUGGUGGUCGUUUUAAUGGUCCAAAUAAUGGUAACAACGUCAGAAACGCCAGGUACCUGAUGAACGAUGGAAUGAACGUCCACCGCAAAAUGCACAACAACAGAAGAAAGGGAGACGACGCUUCCAAGUACGCCAACUCCAAGUUGGAGGAUUUCACAGGCGAGAUCUACUCGUUGUGCAAGGAUCAGCACGGAUGUAGGUUUUUGCAGCGCCAAUUGGACUUGGGUCGCGAAGUGGCAGAAGGCUCUGCAUCCGCCCCCAACGCAUUGACCAACGACAUCGCCGCCACCAUGAUCUUCAACGAAAUAUACUUGAAGAUCAUCGAGUUGAUGACGGACCCCUUUGGCAACUACCUCAUCCAAAAGUUGUUUGAAAAUGUCUCGUCCGACCAAAGAAUCAUUUUGGUCAAGAAUGCAUCCCCAGAAUUCAUUAGAAUUGCCUUAGACCCCCAUGGAACUAGAGCAUUGCAAAAGUUGGUCGAGUGCAUUACCACCGAAGAGGAAUCGAGAUUAAUUAUCGAUUCUUUAUCUCCCCACAUUGUAUCAUUAUCACGGGAUUUGAACGGUAAUCAUGUUGUUCAGAAAUGCUUGCAAAAGUUGAAGCCUCAAGAAAACCAAUUUAUCUUCGAUGCCGCCUCCGUCAAUUGUAUUGAGAUUGCGACCCACAGACACGGAUGUUGUGUUUUACAGAGAUGUUUGGACCACGGCAACUUUGCUCAGCGCAAGCAAUUAUCCUUGAAGGUGGCUGAAAAUGCAACCACCUUGUCCUUGGAUCCUUUUGGUAACUACGUGGUGCAAUACGUGUUAUCCAGAGGAGACGAGGACUCGAUCAAAAUCAUUUUGGACCACAUAAAGUCGAACGUGGUCUCAUUAUCUUUACACAAGUUUGGUUCCAACGUGAUUGAGAAAUCGUUGAGAAUCAACAAGUUGUCUGACAGUUUAAUCGAGGUUUUGUUGAAGAAUGACGACAAGUUUGGCAUCAUGUUGAAUGAUGCCUUUGGUAACUACGUUCUUCAGACAAGUUUGGAUGUUGCCAACGCAGGACAAUUGGAGAGGUUAAGCCAGGCGUUGCAACCAUUAUUGCCAAACAUCAAGAAUACUCCUCAUGGAAGAAGAAUCAUGACCAAGAUUCAGAGCAUCUGUUAG